GCCAACAAUAGCACCGCGAUCCCGACCUCCCUUUCUCUUCCUUCCUCAAUCUCCCUCCUCCCUCCUCCCUCCUCCCUCCACAUCCCGCCAUCAUGGAAAUGAGCUCCAAGCGCAAACACAGCAGCGGGCCUAUCUCCCUCCGCUCCGCCAAACACCUCCGCUCGGACACCGCCGCCUCCCCGCAACCAUUAACCCCAGAUGACCAAACGCUGGGCGAAGAGGCAGUUUAUGUCCUCGAUAACGAAGACGAGGAUCUCUCCCAUAUGCUUCCCCUUGCCCCUGCCGCUGCUGCGCAGACAGACUCGCCAGAAUGGCAGGCUACCAUCGAGACGGUAGUGAAGAGCGUUGUCUCUAUCCAUUUCUGCCAGACUGCGUCGUUUGAUACGGAUUUGUCCAUGUCGAGUCAGGCUACGGGGUUUGUGGUAGAUGCGGAGAAAGGGUAUAUUUUGACAAAUCGACAUGUAGUUUGCGCAGGGCCGUUUUGGGGUUAUUGUAUUUUUGAUAAUCAUGAGGAGUGUGAUGUCCGACCUGUUUAUCGAGAUCCUGUUCACGAUUUUGGCAUUUUGAAAUUCGACCCUGCCGCUAUUAAAUACAUGCCUGUCACAGAAUUGGAAUUGUCACCAGACGCGGCAAAAGUUGGUGUCGAAAUAAGAGUCGUAGGGAAUGACGCCGGUGAGAAAUUGAGCAUUCUCUCUGGCGUUAUCAGUCGUCUGGACCGCAAUGCUCCCGAAUACGGAGAAGGCUACAGCGAUUUCAACACAAAUUACAUCCAGGCCGCUGCUGCAGCCAGUGGUGGGAGUUCUGGCAGUCCUGUCGUGAACAUAGAUGGUCAUGCGAUUGCGCUACAGGCCGGUGGCCGGGCAGAUGGCGCUGCUACAGAUUACUUCUUACCUCUCGAUCGCCCACUGAGAGCUCUGGAGUGCAUACGAAAAGGAGUGCCGGUCACGCGUGGCACAAUACAGACUCAGUGGAUCAUCAAACCCUUUGAUGAAUGUCGUCGUCUUGGCCUAUCCCCGGAAUGGGAAGCUGCAGUCCGCAAAGGCGCUCCCAAAGAAACCGGGAUGUUGGUCGCGGAAAUAGUUCUCCCUGAAGGCCCUGGCGACGGCAAGCUACAGGAAGGCGACGUGUUGAUCAAAGUCAACGGUGAACUUCUUACGCAAUUUGUAAAGUUGGAUGCGAUUUUGGAUUCGAGUGUGGGUAAGGAUGUUCACCUUCUUGUGCAGCGUGGGGGGGAGGAUCUAGAAGUUUCAUGUACUGUUGGAGACCUUCAUGAAAUCACUCCCGCUCGCUAUGUUACCGUUGCCGGUGCCACGUUCCACGACCUCUCCUAUCAACAGGCCAGGCUUUAUGCGAUCGCCUGCAAGGGGGUGUAUGUCUGUGAAGCUGCUGGUUCGUUUAAACUUGAAAAUACCUUUUCUGGUUGGAUAGUAGAUACGGUGGACAAACGACCCACAAAAAAUCUGGAUGAGUUUAUUGAGGUUGUGAAAACUAUUCCAGAUCGCGCGCGGGUUGUUCUGUCAUAUAGGCAUAUUCGAGAUUUGCAUACCAGAGGGACAAGCAUAGUGCACAUAGACCGCCAUUGGCAUCCACAUAUUAGGGAAGCUAUCCGCAAUGAUGAGACUGGAUUAUGGGAUUUCACAAACAUUGCGGACCCACUUCCCGCGGAGCUCCCAGUUCCUCGGAAAGCUGAUUUCAUUCAGCUUGACGGUGCCAACCAUCCAGCAGCUGCCGAUAUCGUCCGCAGCUUCGUUCGCGUCUCUUGCACAAUGCCGGUGAAACUCGACGGAUAUCCACAAGCCCGAAAAGCCGGAUUCGGUCUCGUCGUCGAUGCUGAGGCAGGGCUUGUGCUUGUUUCCAGAGCUAUUGUACCCUUUGAUCUGUGUGAUAUCAAUGUCACCGUAGCGGACUCCAUUAUCGUCAUGGCAAAAAAAUUUCCCGCAUCGUCGUGGCCAAAAACGGGCGGUUACGGAUAUCACUACCGUUGGCCAUACCCUCCCAACGCAGCCGCCCCGCGGUACCGUGCUCUCAACCUUGACGCCAUCACUGUAGAUACCGGCUUAAGCAGCCAGUGCUCCAACGGUGUCCUGAUCGGGGAGGACGGCAUCGUCCAAGCACUCUGGUUAAACUACCUAGGCGAGCGCACUGCUAGCUCUCACAAAGACGUAGAAUACCACCUUGGUCUCGCAACCCCUUCCCUCCUCCCCAUCAUCAACCAGAUCCAAAGCGGUUCUUUACCGAAGCUUCGAAUCAUGGAUAUGGAGUCUUACGUGAUCCAAAUGAGCCAGGCGCGCAUUAUGGGAGUGUCGGAAGAAUGGAUCGAGAAGGUUGCCAUCGCUAACCCCGCUCGCCAUGAGUUAUUCAUGGUGCGGAAAGUUGACUGCGCAUCCCCACUCACAGAGGACACCCACCAACUCGAGGAGGGCGAUAUCAUCCUCACGCUGAACGACAAGCUCAUUACUCGCGUCUCGGAGUUUGAUAUCAUGUACCACCACGAAACCCUCGACGCGCUUAUUGUACGCAACGGCCAAGAAAUGCGCGUCAAGAUCAAGACUGUUCCAACAGAGGACCUGGAGACUGAUCGUGCGUUGAUAUUCUGCGGUGCUGUGCUGCAGAAGCCGCAUCAUGCAGUUCGGCAGCAGAUUUCAAAGUUGCAUAGUGAGGUCUAUGUUAGUGCGAGGAGUCGGGGCUCGCCCGCCUACCAAUACGGCCUCUCACCGACAAACUUCAUCACGGCGGUCAACGGCGUCAAAACGCCAGACCUUGACUCAUUCAUCAAGCAGGUCAACAUCAUCCCCAAUAACACCUAUUUCCGCCUCCGCGCUGUCACGUUCGAUAAUGUUCCGUGGGUCGUAACAAUGAAGAAAAACGACCAUUAUUUCCCCAUGUCUGAGUACAUUAAGGAGCCGUCCGCGCCUGAAGGCUGGCGGAGUAUCUCGCACGAUAAAGAACUACUCCGCUUAGACUCGGAUAACCUCAACGCAGACGCGAUGGAUGAAGGGCGCGAUGACGGGAUAAGUGAUAUGGAGCCUGAUGGGGAGAAAUAG